UCCUGUGCAUGUGUGUGUGUGCGCGUGUGUAUGCGCAAAUGUGCUGAAAAUUGUUUGUUUUUUUUUUGACAUUUGAACAAAGUGAUUUGCAACAUCGCACCGUUUGUCAUUUGUUUGAAAAUAUCGAGUCAAAUUAUUUAUUCAUUACAAAUCAAAUAUCAAAUUAGUCAAAAUGCAGUAUUUCUUCAUCAGAAAUACAGAACAUUUGUUGGGUGCUGCAUAUUUGUGGGGCUGGAUUUACCAUGAUUUUGCGUUCCUUUUUCCACUAAAAAAUCCGAAUAAUGAAUCAGAACCAAUGCCCAUGAAUUCCAUCGCACACGGAGUGGUUUGCAUCCUGUUUCUGUGUAUGCUGCGUUCAUCCAGAGAUGUUCAUGAUUACAGUCUUAUUCGCUUCAAUUCGCUCUCAAUCGUAUUCCCAUUCAUUGUACACAUUGUUUUGGGCAGUUAUACAACUUAUCUCAUCGAUGACGAACUGGCCUUACCCACAUCUUACGAACAUAUCUCACCAAAUUGGCCGCAGUAUAUGCUUUUACCAUUUUUGGGAACAUUUGCUUCGAUCGAGCUCCUUCUUUGGCUUAAAUAUUUCAUCCGAAGAUAUGUAUCAUCAAAAAUUGAAAUGUUAAUAACAGUGUUUUGCUUCUUUUUUGUGAUUUUUUGCUUUCGAGUUUUGUUUCAUUUGCAAAUAUCAAACGACUGGUUAAAAGUUGUGUGAAACGAUAAAUUCCAAAAUUAUUAUUAAGCAAAACACACUUUGUAUCUGUGUCUUUAAUGAUUAAACAAAAUUAAUAAAAAAACCAAAACUCUACUUGGAACUUUAUUGAAAACAA